CGGGCCGCCCAAGAUGGCGCCGCGUCCGCGGAGCCUGAGGAGGAAGGUUCACUGGUAACCGCGGCGUGGGGGGGCGGGGGCUGCCCCCGCAGGCCUCAGCGCUACGCGCGCCUCGGGAAGGGCUAUGGUCGUUCUAGGCUGUGUCUCAGGCGCUCGGUAAAGGCGCAGCCUGCCUGGCCAUGGCUCUGAGGGAGCUGAAAGUUUGCCUUCUUGGGGACACUGGUGUGGGCAAAUCAAGUAUUGUUUGGAGAUUUGUAGAAGAUAGCUUUGAUCCCAACAUCAACCCAACAAUAGGAGCUUCAUUUAUGACCAAGACUGUACAGUAUCAAAAUGAGCUGCAUAAAUUCCUAAUUUGGGAUACAGCUGGACAGGAGCGGUUUCGUGCUUUAGCCCCAAUGUAUUACAGAGGGUCAGCAGCAGCCAUUAUAGUGUACGACAUCACAAAAGAGGAAACUUUCUCAACAUUAAAGAACUGGGUUAAAGAGCUUCGACAGCAUGGACCUCCAAACAUUGUUGUAGCUAUUGCAGGAAAUAAGUGUGAUCUUAAUGAUGUAAGAGAAGUCAUGGAAAAAGAUGCUAAAGACUAUGCAGAUUCCAUUCAUGCAAUAUUUGUAGAGACAAGUGCGAAAAAUGCAAUAAACAUUAAUGAACUCUUUAUAGAAAUUAGUCGCAGAAUUCCAUCGACUGACACCAACCCCCCAUCUAGUGGUAAGGGCUUCAAACUUAGGAGACAGCCAUCGGUGACAAAGCGCAGCUGCUGUUGACUGAUCCCUUAGAAAAUCAGACUUGUUUAUACAGUAGGUGGUCUUGGAAGUUAAUAGUUCACGUUGGGUUUAUAUUAUCAGUCUUAGAUCUUUAUCUGCUGGUGUUUCAUACACCCAAGGUCCCACAAAAAUGGACCAGUCCAUCUGACAUCUGUACACUUGCAGAAAAGACUGCAAUUGUAAUGUCAGCCUGUUUACUUACAAGAAAUGUAAUCUCUCUUGCAUUCAAAGGGAAUCCAUCAUCGCUUUUUUGGCCUUGCUUGAAAGAAAGGUGACUAUGGAUGGUAGAACUGAAAUGUUUAAUAGUUUUGUAAUCAAGAUUUUAUCGGGGUUUUUUUGUUAAAAGGGAAAUGAGCACUUUUGUGGGACUUAAGGGUGGGAGAAAUCUGGAAGUUAGUUGCUUCCUUUUCUUCAGUGAGCCUUAUUUUAAAUUUAAUUGUAGCUCAUCCAAAGUACGAUGGAGCUGUUGAGGUGAGGUGGCUACAGAAGAAGCAACUGAAGACAAAUAAUAGGCAAAUUAGUCCAUCCAGUCUCCAAAUCCCAUUUGCACUUUUUAUUUAAAGAUGAUAUGCGCCAGGGGUGGGGACACAAGCAACAGAACUUAAACCACAGACAAUCUUGUUUUUAAUGCUGACUUUAAUCACUUUAAGGCAAACUGAUAGGCUUAUGCAUCCUUUCAUUCCUACAAGAUUUUUAAUAUUAAGAUGUUGGUUGAAGAAAACCUAGUUAUAGUUGACUAUUAAGUGGUUACUGACUAAAAACAGAUGCUGUAAACAGGUGCUACCAGUGGUUCUGGUAUGACCUAAAAGGUUUUGGGGAAAGCUUUUAAUUGCUUGGCAUGUGUAAAUUGUUCAUAUUCUAUUUAUGAGACCAGUGUUUAAAGUAUUAUAAAUUAUGUAAAAACAGUAAAAAAUAAUGCAGUCUUACACACUCCUUCCAUUCCACACCUAUGGAUAAACUCCUGGGGUAUCUCCAUCAGGUUUUCUCCUGCAUUUUAGGUAUUGUCACUGUGAGUUAAUCCAGAGGCAGACUGAAAUUCUUUCUCUUUCAAUCUCAUUUGAAAGGGCCAAUAGAGAAUGCUGUUGGUGCAGCAUGAGGUCUGUCUGUUGAACAAGCUUUCAUCUGUGGUGCACCCGGUUUUUCCUGUUUUGGGCACAAAAACACAAAUAGGAAGUAACCUUAAGACGUGGUAAUGUAGAUCAUUACCUCUUGGUUCCUGGGCUUUUUUAUCUGUGAGAGUUUUUAGCAAAUCAGCCUUGAGCUUAUUCUGCAUUGGUUUUUGUACACUUUCAAUUAAACUAUAGGUUGACCAUACCCACUUGUGCUAUUUUAUUUAUUUUUAUUUUUUGGUUCCUAUCCGCACUAGUGAGAGACUUUAUACUUUUGAAGAAAAAGAGCUUAAUAGACUUGAGUGUAUAUGAAAAUGUGCUGUUUAGCUUUAGUAUCAAAAUGGGAUCAUCAUGAUGAUGAUUCUUUCUUUGUAAUCUGGUUUUCUGUCAUCUCAAGUACUUUCUCUGAAGGAAGUGUAGGAAAGUCUGCGUUACGUGAAAGGACUUACAGUUCAGAUUAGUUUGUAUUAAUGAAAAUUCCUUAGAGUUAUGCUGGAGCAAAGCAGGUGAACUGUUACAGUGAGGUUUUGAAUAGGUCAGUACGUUUUAAUGAAAUUUGGUGGCUCCUUGGUGAUUUCUAUCACAGCUUUUACUUACCCUGCAUUGUCAAUUAUGCUCCUUUGCACAUUUUUACAGACUACAUGCUUAUAGAGAGCCCAAGAAGUGUAUCUUCAUCAGAUGAAGGCUGUUUGAAGCCCCUUUGAAGCAUUGCUCCUUAACAGAGCAUCUCCUAGUAGAAACAGAUUUGUUGGGUGUUCAGCCUGAUCUAUGAUACCUUUUUUUCUGUUGUUCAAAGCAAAUAAAUUACCAACAGAAACAUUAGUUCUCCUACAAAGCGCUUAAUAGAAAUAUAUUUAUUAAAGAAAGAAGAGUGAGCAAGUGAUAAAAACGGAGUUUAAAUCUGUUUUUUAGUGAGAUAAAAACGGUUUAAUAGUAUUUAUCCAAGAUUUAUUGUCUUGAGAAGGAAAUGGUAAACUCUAGGCAAGAUUGAGAUCUGGGCUAGUAUUGAAACUAUUGUAGCUCUCUCCAGUUAUGGGAGACAUCCAUAUACCUUAGCAAAUCUUUAUGAACUACUUUCUGAUCUAUCCUUGCUCUAUGCCAAAAUUAGAUUUUAAAAACAAACAAAGAAACAAUUCCCACCCCAAAACACUAAAGAAACAGCAACAAUCUGGCCCUUCUCAAAUGUAGCUAAGUCUUACGGGCUCAGACUCCUUGUUUUGUUACCAGUCUGGGUGGAAUGCCAGCAUACUUAGUAGCUUUUUGCAGUUCUGAUCCUGAAUUAAUGAGAACAGUUGCAGUUCAUGAAAACAUGGAGUUAGCCAGUGUUUUGGAUUGUCCAAACUACAAAUACUGAAGUGAGGCUGCUUUUUAACACAUGCCUCUUUAAAAGGCUAGACUAUUGAUAUAAGUUCUUUUGAGCCAAGAUAACUGUUUAUUGAUCAGUUGAAAGCUGGAAUGCAGUCUUCCCUGGAUGAGAUGCACAUGUUCAUUGUUUCAUUUUUGUUGGAGAAAAAUAGUUUCUUCUGUAGUAAUAAUUUGGCAGGCCAUCCGUUUUCAUCGUGCACUAGACUUGCUGAAAUUGGUUAUAUAUUGUCCUAACAUAGCUUUUCUAUUUGGAGAUACAUUUGAGUGUUUGAAGUGCUAUUCCAGCUAAAUUUUUACUAACAUUUUUUCUGUUAAGAAGUUUCUGAAAAAGCUCAGAACUGAAGUUUUUAUUCCACUAUGACUUUCUGUUUAAUGAAUGGAGCUUGUCAUAAAGACUAGACUUUCAGAUACUCCCAAAGGGAAUUAAUUGCUGCAAAACAGGUUUGGAAGAGUGAAGUAUCAUGUAUGUAAAAAUGUAAUGAGGUGCAUGUCAUAUUGAUCCAUAGGAUUUUUUAACUGACAAAAUAUUACUAUUUUGGCUUCUAACCAACACCAAUUCUUUCUCAUGGAAGUUCAGACCUGUGCAAAAAUGUUGUUUGAUAAAUGAUUAGUUCUUAAGCUUUGGAGCAACUUAAACAUGCUUCCCAAGUUUUGGGGAGUGUCUUCAUCUAACUCUCUAAAUGACAAUAAUCUCUUAGCUGACUUGCCAGGCUCUCGAUCUGUGUUGUAGGGAGUUUUGUAGUAUAUUUUAUAUACAUGCUGAAAACUGGCAUACUAAAUGCUUAAUUAGGUGAGAUCUGGAAGCUUAUGUUCAAUAAGAGAAACAUCUAGUGGUUGAACUACUGAAAAUUUUAAUAGGUGCUUUGAAAAGUUGUAAGACAAUUCUAACAACUUUUGCUGUUGCCAAGAAAAUAAAGACUUAAUUUACUUCAUCCAUGUUGAAUCAAACAAAAUCAUUGCACUUCAAAUCCAUACUGACACCAUUGAGACCCUUCCUUGAAGUGCUACAGGAUCAGACCGUUAAUAGGUCAGAGGGGCAUUUUAUGCAGACUUGAGUCUUUCAUGGGUUGGUGUACUAGUACUAGUUUAAUUCUGCCAGCCUGCUCAAGAAUGAUUAUUUACAUGCCUGAGAAGAGAGUAAGAGGAGACAAGAUAAUGCCUGCUUACUCAUUUGGAAGUCUAAUCCUUUAACCUGGUUGAGAGGUGUGGGGUAUAUUUGGAACAGUCUAUAUUUUUUGUUAAAUCUUCAUUUUAGUUUAAAAAAAAAAAUAAAUUCAGGGUGGGUGACUUGAAAGGUUUAGAAGUUGGCCUCAAUAACAUGUUUAUUUUUAUGUCAAUGCUGUAAUAUCCCUUGAGUAUUAGUUGGAAAGGGAAGCUGUAUCCAUGAUGUUUGAAUGACUUUCUUGUGAAACAGUCUGUAGUGUUUAUGAAGGAUGGUGUAGUUUAUUUGUGGCGUGCUGUGUCAGCAAUUUGCAAAGACUAUCUUGGGAAUUGAUGAUUUACAGGACAGAAGCUGUCUGAGCUGUGUAGCUAGUCACCCUGUUGCAAACCUCACUUAGAAACAGCAAUAUCUACAUAGAAGUAGAAAAAAAAAUAAUCUUCAACAUGAGAAUCUGAAUAAUUCACUGACUUAAACUUCUACACUGCCUAUUCAUUUUCUAAAAGCUUCAUGGAUCUCUAUUAAACACUUUAAACCUUUAAAAAAGAGGCUUCUUCUGUUCAUGGACAGGAGAGAAGGACAAACUUUCUUAACUUAUUUAGCUGGAAGUCAUGUAACAGUGCCCUGUGGCUGUUUGUGUGUCAUGAGUCAGUUACUUGGAGCAGGACAACUGGGUGCUUAGAACUAAGCUUCUAAAAAAUCUGCUCUAAAUUCUCAAAAGAAGAUUUAUAGAAAUAGGAUGUUGGUGUGAACUACCAAUCUAAGAUAUAGAAGUAUAGGUUUUAGUAUUAAACAAGUCAUGUUAGCUGUCCUUUUCAGAGUCAUUUGGCUCAAGCUUGUCAAAAGAAAUAUGCUUGAAACCACGUAUUUGUUUCUUGUAUAAGAAUUCAGGUGCCAAAACAUAUUUCCCUAAAAUUCUUAAGCCUUCUGACACCAAUGCUCAUUUAUGGAAAAUUCCUUUGAUAUUUUGAAGGUCUUAGAAGUUUGAUUGCAAACCCUUUCUUGGUGAGCUAGAAUCAAAAAUGUUUGACUUGGAAAAAUUGUACAUUACCAAACUUUAUCCAUAAAGUGUCAGAUAACAAAUAUUUCAAGGCAUAUGACUAUCUUGAAACCCAAGAGAACUGAUGGGCUUAGUCUGUUAAAUGUCAAAAUGAUCCUAGGGUCAGCUUUUUCCUCCUUCCUCUUCCCACUUCCUCCUCCCCACUCUGAAUUUUUAACAUAGUGUUGUCAGUGUAUAUGUGCUAUAAAGAGCCAUUUAAAAAUACUUAGAAAAGUUUUAGUGGUGUAGAGUUAUUUGGUGCUUCCUGUUUUACAUGAAAAAUCAAGGUAGGAGGAUGAUUUGUCUCCAAAAAGUUGAGACAGCAUUUAGUGAAACUGCUCUCAUUCUAGAAUGAAGACUUCUUAGAAAAAACAAUGUUGUUUUCUCAGUAUAUCAUCUUACAGGUUUGGGUUCUUACAUUUUUUGUUUAAACACUAACAAUGAAUUUUAUUCAAGGAUUGGUGAUUACCUUAGUGAAUGUGCUCUUCUUUAAUAAGGAUGGGGGUUUUCUUGCUUCAUUUCUGUUAAAUUUUUUCACGAGUAUUAUUGAACAAAGCACCUGUUACUUGUUCCAAUGUGGGAGGAUGUAGACCACUCUCUGUCAUGCCCUUUACUUGUGUGAGUGUGAUACUCCAUCCAGUUGUUGCACUUGCAUAUGCUGUAACCCUGACACAGAUAGGUUCACUACUACUUUCUUGCCUUGCUUUUACUUGUGUUACAGUAUGUAUUUCCUAUUAAAUCCAUUAUGUUUGCUUGACAGUUUGUUCUUUGUUUCCUUAUGGGAUUUAGCCAAUAGGUGGCAAGUGUCUUUUUCUUCUCAAAGGUUCUUGAAGUAUCUGUCACAGUGGCAAAUAUUUGUAAACAAAAACAUGAUUCAUUAGUAGAGCCUUAUGAAACUGUUAUGAAAACAUAGCAGCUGAGACAUGUACCACUGCUUUAUUAUACCAGAUAACGAAUGCUGUAAGCAUGUUCACCUGGGGGAACAAAUUAUUCUAAGGCUCUAGUAACAUGACAAACUCUUCUAUAUUUUAACUUCAUAUUUUGUACUUUGUAUUUCUGAAUAUUGUGUAUUCAGUGUUGAAAUUGUGACACAGUGGAUUGAUUUAAGACACAGAAAUGGAUUGCAUUUCUGUAGCUGUAAGACACUUAAGACUUCCUGGCAAUCUUCCCCCUUGUAAUCCCCACCUCCAGGAAAAUGAAGAAAAAAAUAAUUCUGAAGGUUUCUUCUAGACAAGAAACUUUGCAUUUGUGUAUUCAGGGCACAAAAAUAACCUGAUAUGCAUAUAGCUCUUGCAGUGUAAUAAAUGUUUGCCUGUAAAAUAAAGCAUGAAGGUUAACCUUUGUAUCAGCAAUUCUUGUCCCUCUUAAGAACGUUCUGCCUUUCCAUUGUAGGGUUGGGUGAACCUGUUACAAAGGUCGAAAGGUCUGUGCCUUCUUAUUAUAGUAUCUCUUAUUAAAAAAACAAACAAACAAACUUAAGCCGCUCAAAGUUACAGAGCAUUUGCAGCACUGUAAACUGCACAAAUUUACAACCAUUGCUUCACUGCAUGAAAUAUAGUCAGAUUACUAGUGAUGAAAUAUUGUAGUGAUGAAUUCCCAAGCUUAUGAAUGUUUUGAGACUUUUUUUAGUCUUCUCUUGGGCUGGUCCUGAGAGUGUGUACAGGUUUGUCUGUAUUGUUGGUUUGUAGAUGCUAAUGAGGAAAACCAGGCUUUUGUUCUCUCCUUUUUGUUUGAAUUGUUACACUCCCAUCUAGUGCAUAGAAUGCAAAUAAAGACAUGUUGAUUUGGCAUAAUGUAAACUGCCUUUUCAGCUUAAGCAUUCAUAAUAAACUUUUAUAGUGUAAUAACAUGCUACAUCACUACCAGUCUGAUGUAUUGUGCAAAAAAAAAAAAAGGUGUAAACGUUUUAUUAAUAAAAAGCUUUGUUUAUAAA